CGGGCCACUGAGUGGGGCAGGUGGGGCGAGGUCGUAACCCUGGGGGGUGACCCUGGGGGAUGAGGGUGACCCCUCAGCGGGGCCUGAGCUCACUGCACAGAACUGGUGGCCAGUCUGGAUUGGGCAUGAGCAGUACCCACCGGUGGGGACCCUUCCCAGACCCUGUCACCUGCUGCUGAGGCCCAGGUGGAGGAGGGUGGUGACCAGCAGAGGGACGGAGGCGGGACAGCACUUGGCAGGAGCCCAAGGGACGGGAGCCCGAGGGACGGCCGCCCAGCUCUGUCCUCGCUGCAGCAGUCUCUCUGGCAGCACAGUGAGGAUAGAGACCCACCAACCAGGAAGGACAGAAACCCACCCACCAGGAAGUACGGAGGCCCACCGACCAGGGAGGAUGGAGACCCAGUGACCACGGAGGACAGAGGCCCAGUGAUCAGGGAGGACGGAGGCCCACCAACCAGGGAGGACACAUUGACCUUCCAGGGCAGGCAGCGUCUGCAGCUGCAGCACAGAGAGUCUGGGUGCCCACAGGUGCCCCCUCUGCAGGUGCCCAGCCCUCAUGGGGCCGACCUGGAAGCAGCGGGUCCUAAGCACCCUGCUGGGGGCCACAGUGGCCUCAGGCCUCACCACGCUCAUCCUCAUCCUGGUGGAGGCCACCAGUGUCCUCCUGCCCACAGACACCAAGUUUGGGGUCGUGUUUGACGCCGGGUCCACCCACACGUCCCUCUUUGUGUAUCGGUGGCCAGCAGACAAGCAGAACAGCACAGGCGUGGUCAGCCAGGCGCUGGCCUGCCAGGUGAAAGGGCCAGGCAUCUCUUCGUAUGCCUCUGACCCUGCGCAGGCUGGGGAGAGCCUGCAGGGCUGCCUGGAAGAGGCCCUGGUGAUUAUCCCACAAGCAAAACAUCAGGAAACGCCCGCCUUCCUGGGGGCCACGGCUGGCAUGAGGCUGCUCAGCCAGAAGAAUGGCUCCCAGGCCACAGCCAUCUUUGCGGCAGUCAGCCAGGCCCUGGGCCGGUCUCCCCUGGACUUUCGGGGUGCUGAGCUCCUGACUGGGCAGGACGAAGGUGCCUUCGGCUGGAUCACCAUCAACUACGUCCUGGGCAGGCUGGUCCAGUAUUCUUUCUCUGGAGAAUGGAUCCGGCCCCUGGAGGGGACCCUAGUGGGCGCCCUGGACAUGGGUGGGGCCUCCACGCAGAUCACCUUUGUGCCCAGAGGCCCCAUCCUGGACGAGAGCAGUCAGGCCACCUUCCGCCUCUAUGGCUCUGAGCACCGCGUCUACACCCACAGCUACCUGUGCUUUGGCCAUGACCAGAUGCUGACUAGGCUCCUGGCUCAGCUGGUUCAGGCCAGCCCCGGUCCCCUGGUCUGCCACCCGUGCUACCAUAGAGGCUACCGGGCCAUGCUGUCCCUGGCCACCCUGUACGAGUCACCCUGUGUGCAUACCCCGCCCCCCCAACAUGGGGCAGGGAACCUGACCGUGGAAGGAAUGGGGAGCCCCACAGCCUGUGUCUCAGCUAUCCAAGGCCUCUUCAACUUCUCCGGCUGCGAGGGCCGAGGACACUGCACCUUCGACGGGGUCUACCAGCCCCCCGUGCAGGGCCAGUUCUAUGCCUUCUCGUCCUUUUACUACACCUUCGCCUUCUUGAACCUCACGUCCAAGCAGCCGCUGGCCACUGUCAACACCACUGUGUGGGAGUUCUGCCAGAGGCCCUGGAAGCAGGUGGAGGCAAGCGCACGGGGGCAGGAGCGCUGGCUGCGUGACUAUUGUGCCUCGGGCCUGUACAUACUCACGCUGCUGCUGGAAGGCUACGGCUUCAGUGAAGAGACCUGGCCCAGCAUCGAGUUCCGCAAGCAGGUGAUCACCUCCUGGGCCCAGCCAUCCGGGGCAGGGGCUCUGGGGCAGCUGCCCUUACCAGCCUCGUGUCCCACAGGUCGGUGGCACCAGUAUUGGCUGGACGCUGGGCUACAUGCUGAACCUGACCAGCAUGAUCCCAGCCGCCGUGCCCGCCCAGUGGAGGGCCCAGAGUUAUGGCGUGUGGGCAGCAGGUGCUGGCUUCAUGGUGCUUACGCUCGGGGCCACUCUUGGAGCUGCUGCCGUCCACCUCCUCUGGCCCCACAGCUGAGUGGGCCACCACCCACUGUUGGAGGCCCAGGCCCAGCUCCCACAGCCCGGGGCUGCCUUCCGCGCUCCUGACCCAUAUGGCCUCCCUGUCCUGGGGGCCCUGGUCUCGUGCUCAGACAGCCACGCUCUGUCCUCAGGGUUGCUGUGGGCUGGUCAGGGUGUGCUGUGGCCCCCCUCCUGCUCCCUUCCCGCCUCCCCC